UGUUCUAACCAAAUGCUAGAUGCAAGUGUUACCCACUUGAUGUACAAAAGUCCUCGGGAAAGCAGAAGAAGUAACGAAAGAUAAUCGAAGGGAAAUCUCUCCCCGGAAAUCCUGCUGAUUGUUCUGUAACAAGAGGCAACAAUAUAGCUUAAACCAUUAAGUGAACAAGCAAUAUCAAAUUAUGGGGAAAAAGAAACCAGUACCCGAGGAGGACCUCAUCAUUCCACCGCAAGAUACAGGGAUAUGUGGUAUGAUUUGUAUCUGUCAGUUGACCUUCGUACUGAGUACUGUGGCAAUUGUUUAUCUGACGGUAGCCAUUUAUAUGCCUUCAUCGCGUGCAUUCAAAAGCGGCAUCGACGAAACGCCGGUCAUGUGCACCACGACCAAAGCUUUGAACAUGGACGCUUGUUCGUGGGGAUCAUGCGGCGAAUGGUGUCUCAGCAAGACCUCAGGAGCCUGUAUACAGAUAUUUGUCCAGCUGCGCACUAACGGAAGCAGUUUACUGUUCCAAAAUUGUACAAAUUCUGCUAAUAAAACGUGUUAUGGGAUAGAUCAGGAAAACGCCAAGAAAGCUCGAUGCAUAGCGGACGAAUGUAAAAAUCUGACAGGAACGUUCAACUGCACGGAUGGAAUGUGUAUUAAUAUUACCGAUGCAUUCGAAUGUGUCUUCAAAAAUACUGAAGCACCGCUUAAAUGUUCAGGCAGACGCGGAAAAAUAACAUGUAUCAGUAUUACCGGACUCUUUUCGUGCAAUCGUGGAACAUGUCGAAAGAUAAGAACUCCAUACAAUUGUGACCGCCGUUGUGUGGAUAUUCCGACCAGGAAUAAGAACAUGAUUUUAUUGAGUGGAGAUAAAGUUUAUCUUUCGCAAUGUUCAGUUGCAGUUGACACAGCAUUAAAUGAAGAAGUUUGGAAUGAAGGAGACGGAAAGGUAAUAAUGGCGUCCUGUUAUACAAUACAAAACACCACGAACGGCAUCCAUGCGUCCGAUUGCGUAAAUGGAUCACUACUUGAAAAGGACGAACUUACUGAUUUAACCAAUUUCACCUAUCUGAGUUAUUUACACUACGCCGUUUCUACCCCGCUCAAAACCAUAGCCCCCUUGGAACAGGAUUUAACUAUAUCGAAUGAAUCUAGAUUGAUGAUUAACUUGGAAGGUUGUGUGAAUACACUCCAGGACGAAUGCAAAGAUUUUCUCAAAGAAUACGGAAAAGAUGGAACGGAUCAUAACGCCCGGGCAAGGUUUCCCUGUUUCUAUUCUCAGAACGAUAUGAGUAUGGUUGUGGCCCGAUUUGAUCUCGAAACGACGUAUAAACAGUUCUUGAUCGGAUUCGUCAUUCCGACGGUAUUGUUUGCAGUCUCUUGUUUGACGUUGAUUUUCUGCCAGAGAACAAUUCAUGUCGGGGAUGACGCGAAGAUGCGUUUCGUCGGCUGUGCCAACAAAGAUCCAGCAGUGGCGAACGGCGGUGCCAAGAAUAAAGCUAAGGCCAACUCUAGCGAUGGCGGUGGAGGCGGAGACUCGGUUAUGGCUCUUUGAGAUCCAUCACGCAUUCCUCUACUACAAGAAGACAGUCCAGUCCAUCAAUCUGGUGUAUUUUCGUUACACUGAUUUGCAUAUAAAGUUCGAUAGAUUCUUUUUCCAAACGAAUAGAUAAAUCUUGAUAAGUUUCUCUUCCUCAUUGUAUUGAGUAAACACCAAAAGAUUCUUGUUCGUGAAACCGGUAGUGAAGGCUGCACAGUACUUCCUAUCGACAGUAACUACAAAACUCGAAUCUGCUACAAAAUAUUGUUCGAUUUUUAAUCCUACUACUAACAUGAUAGGUUAUUAAGACAAAAUCUUUCUACCAAACAGACGGAAAGAUACUUAUAAUUGGGUUAACAGAGUAGCAAAUGUCUAUUUUGAUAUCGAUAUUAUCAAUUCAAACAUUCGAUCUUGUUAGCAGAAAAACGCAAGCAACUAAACUGCAAACGGUGUUUUAUAUUAAGCUUCGUGAGGCUUCUACAACAUUUGUUAUCAUCGGUUUGAUUAGGCUCAUUUGAAAGAUUGAUAAGUGAUGAACAGACCAAGGAACAACAUCUUUCCUCGGUAAACACGAGAACAUAAUCGCACGCAGAAUAAAAAAAAACAAAUCUACGAGAAAGAGAAACUACAGAGGAAUGCGUGAUUUAUCAACAAUGACACUUUAACAGUUCGUAUAAUGUUACAACCAGCAUGUACGGAGAAUAGUUCAUUGAAUACGAUUUACUAGGAAUUCACGCAUAAACAAUACGCAGCAGAAA